AGGGCACUUUGAUACCCGUACAAGCGGACGUCACUUCGAAGGAGUCGCUGAAGGAGGCAGUCGGUGCCAUAGAGAGCCAGCAGGGAGAAAGAGGCAUCGAUAUCUUGCUUUGCAACGCAGGUGUUUCCGGGAAGAUGAUGGUGCGGUAAUCAGACUUGACGCCAUCCUCUGUCGUCUCUGCAGCUUAUACGCGCUCGCUGUCUUUUCACCGACGUAGAAGAACUAUGGUAAAGAAGGAUACGACACGACGAACUUUGAAGCAAUCGUAUCGGAGUUAGACUCUUUCUCGCAGGAUGACUUCGACCACAUCUUCCACGUCAACGUCAUGGGCCCCUACCUCAGCUCCAUAGCCUUCCUCCAAACUCUGAGGAAAGGAAGCGAGUGGCACAACGCUCAAGCAAAGAAGGAGGGUUUGGAAUGGCCAGCUUACACUAGUCAGGUCAUCACUGUCAGCUCCAAUGCCGCCUCAAUCAAGCUACCUAUCGUCAACGCACUCUACAACGUGUCCAAAGCUGCCGCUUCGCACUGGAGCUCAAUGCUCUCGUGCAUUCUAACCGACUCAUCCAUUCGCGUCAACACGUUGGAGCCUGGCCUUUAUCCCACAGAUAUGACCGGGGCGUCAUCGACAGAACCAGGCACUGGACAUGGCGUGCUUAAGGGCACGAAUGGGGCAGAUAUUCCAGCUGGCCGAGCUGGUCUCCCGCACGAACACGCCGCGAGCGUCCUUUAUCUAAGCGGCCGCAACUCGCUCUUUGCAAAUGGGGCACGCCUCAGAGUAGACGGCGGAGCGAUACUGAAGGGCGCAGCUACUGACUAAAUCGUCAUCGCCAAACCCAAUGGACGCCACCGAAUCUUUCUGCGCGUUUCACGUUCGGUCGCUUGCGAAGAAUGCGCAAGGUCAGACCGCCUACCUCUUGAGACUUUCAGUCCAGACACCACCAAAAUAUUAUAUGUACCUUCAGUCAAUGGCACUGGUCAGACA